GGUGAUUGUAUUUUUUACAUCAGCAAGAACCAUAAAGUAUGAUUGAAAUUUCUUUACAAGAACAAAUGAGUAAAAAAGUAUUUCCAUUCACUGAACUUGUCUCUUUUUGCAGUCGUUUAGUGGUUUUGAACCAGAAAUGUGCAGCCUGGUGUUAUUCAUUUUGCUCUUAGAGUCCACUUGCUGCCAUGCAGUUCGUCAUACAAAUAUUGUUAUUGUUGGUGGAUUUGGAGACCUUGCCAAGAAAUACCUGUGGAGUGGCGCUCUCAACCUUUUUGUUAACAAUCAUAACGAAAACGCCACAAUCUCAUUCUACGGUGCAGCAAGAGUUUCAGUGGAAGACGGAACAAAGAUUCUUCAUAACAUUCUUGAAAGUGUACAGUGUGAAACAAAGGACAAUUCUUGCAUGAAACUUAGGCCUGCCUUUCUGGCAAGGUCACACUAUGUCUUAUUGAAAACCAAAGACCACUAUCAAGCCUUUUGUGGAACUUUAUAUUCUCUUUCCAUUGAAUCAAGUGUAUCUAUGAGGAAUAUAUUUUACUUAUCAGUCCCGUCCUCAUCAUAUGAAGAUGUGGCCAAACUAAUUAAGGAAAAUUGUAACUUCUCAUCGACCCAGAUAGUGCUUGAGAAGCCAUUUGGAUUAGACAAGUCCUCUGCAGUCAAACAAGUGAACAACAUUGGCAAGUUUUUUGUAUCUGAUGAAGUAUGGAGAGUUGACCACUAUCUUGCUAAGUCAGUCACCAAACAGAUUUUGAAAUUCCGAGAAGUAAACAGAGGAGAGUUAGAAAAACUGCUCAACAACCAAUAUGUUGACAGAGUUGAAGUUGUUAUGAAGGAGCGAAUAGGGGUGUCAGGAAGAGUUGAUUUCUAUGACCAGACUGGGGUUAUCCGAGACGUUAUGCAGAAUCAUCUGACAGAGUUACUUGCCCUUGUUACGAUGGAACUGCCAGGAAAUGUGUCCGAUAGCAGAGCCGUUGAGCAGUCUAAACUUGCCGUUCUACACAGAGUGGCAUCUGUGGACUCAAAAGCAGUUGUAACAGGACAGUAUCGUAAAUACUUAGCUGAAGCAAAGGAGGAGCUUGUAAACACCAACCAGUCUCAUAUGACGCCUACGUUUGCUGCCGCUUUGUUACAUAUCCAGAAAUUGCGAUGGCAAAAUGUACCACUCAUAAUUAUGUCCGGAAAACAUAUGGACGAGAGGUCAAGCUAUGUGCGUAUUCUUUUCCGGGAGAAAGAUUUCUGUGUAUCUGGAUGUGCUGAUGGAAAUUCUACAUUCAUGAAAUACCCACGACAGAUGGUAUUCCAGAUCAGUCAUGGUUCAGUUCCUUCUGCGGGAAUCCUGGUUUCAAGAUCGCUUUUCACUCCAAAGUGGCCCAGCGGCAUGAAAGAUCUGCCGAUGACAUCCAAAGACAGCUUAAUUCAUGGACAGAGUCCUGGUGACUUUUACUAUGGUGUUCCGGUAAACGACUUACCAGCCUAUUUUACAGUUAUGAGUGAUCUUUACCACAAUGUUAGAGAAACAUUUGUUACAGCUGAACGUUUGCUUACUCUUUGGGAUAUUUGGGACCAAUCAGUGCAAUCUAGCUCACUUGUAAUACCAAGACUUUACAAAGAAUAUGAUGCCAGUAGCCUUAAUUUUAGUGUUGAGGGAUUCAAACUUGAGUUUAUUGAAAAGGAAAUAAGGGUAUACUUAGAAAGUGGUGAAAUGUCAAAACAAAGUAUUAUUCCACCUGAAUUCAGGAACUCAACUUUACAUGUUACAGAAAUCAAUAAACUUAUUCAGAUACUUUGCGAUGAUAUUUUCGAAAUUGCUACCGAAGCCAUUCGAGAACGCGGCAACUUUCACAUAGCUUUUUCUGGCGGCCAAACAGCAGUGAACUUUUUUGAAAAGCUUGCGAAAGAGUACCCGCAGUUUCCGUGGCAACAUACUCAUAUAUGGCAGGUAGACGAAAGGUGUGUUCCUUAUUCUACAACGGAGUCGAAUUUCUUCUCCUUACAUGAACAUUUGAUCAAGUUCGUUGAUAUUCCAUACUUCAACGUUCAUCCUAUGCCCGUGAAUUUGGGCGGAAAAACAUGUGAUAUAUCUAGUCGCGCUGAUACAGUGUAUGAAAAUGAAAUAGUAAGUCUGAUCUCAGGGUUAAAAUAUGAUUUCAUUGUUCUUGGGUUAGGGACAGAUGCCCAUGUUGCAUCAUUAUUUCCCAACAGUAUUCAUCUUCACGAUAAUGAGAGGCUGGUGUCUUACUCCUCAGCCCCGGAGGGCUUCCAAACUCAAGCUCGAAUGACUGUGUUGCCAACACUCGUAAAUCAUGCGCAUAAUGUUGGAAUAUUGGUGACUGGGCACAAUAAGCAUGAAAUACUGCAUGCGAUAUCUGAACUUACUAUGAAAAAUGAGAAAUAUCCAGUAACUUUCAUAGCUCCUGUAAAUGGUACUCUAGUUUGGUAUGUUGAUUUUAAUGCUUGGUUAGGUAGUACUGGUAAUGCAGAUUAACACGUUUUAUUGUAUUUAGUUUCAAAGGUCAAAUGUUAGGUUUUGAGGUACAUACCUUCUUCUUGUAAAUGUAAGUGUGGUAAGUGCUGUGUUUGGGAAUUUUAAGUCGUAUUGGCUGCAGGCUUGGGAAGGGUGUGACCUAUCCAUCGCCAAUGUUUUUAUGCCCUCGGUACGGUGGCAUAUAGCAGUUUAACUGUCUGUCCGUCUGUCCGUCCGUCCUCCGAAAACUUACAUAUUGGCCAUAACUUUUGCAAUAUUGAAGAUGGCAACGUUAUAUUUGGCAUGCAUGUGUAUCUAAUGGAGCUGCACAUUUUGAGUGGUGAAAGUUCAAGGUCAUCCUUCAAGGUCAACAAAACAAAUUCAAGUGAAGUAAUAAGCUUUAAAGGGAGAUAAUUUAUCAUUUGGCAGGUACAGAUCAUUUUUACAACGGAAGUUAUAUUUUUAUAUUAUCCCUUUAAAAAAUAUUACUUUCCUUGUAAAAAUUAUCUGAACCUGCCAAAUGAUUAAAAAAAAAUCAAAGCGGCGCAGUAGGGGGCAUAGUGUUUCUGACAAAGACAUCUCUUGUUGAAGGAUGUCUUUUUCAGCGGGUUGCUGCUUUGUUCUUCUCAAUAGAACACUGCCUCGUGUAUAUAAACGCUCUGGCAUGGACAAUCCGGAUUAUCCCAUAUAUAGUUGCAACAAACAGUGUAUAAAAUACAAAGGGGCAUGUCGAAUUUGAAAUUAUUUUGAGAUUUUAUAUUGAAACCGUUGCUUUUGAACGGCCAUGCAAUUUCUGUAUGACGCACACUUAUCAGUGUCCCACUAAACCCUUGGGUAAAAACUUUGCACAAGAAAUCUACAGCCUUGUACCUUUGUACGAACUACCGGUAUUUUGCUUUUGUAUUAAUUUAGAGCUAUUUCUGAUUUGUCUUUCGUAUGCCAGCCAUGGGAAAGUAGUCGCAAUCAACAUGUAAUUGGUAGAGAUACUUGUGCUGUACAUUGUGCUCUUUUGUUACAAUUUCACAUUUAUUAACACAAUAAAUAUCAGACUUGUGA